CCUCUCGAUCACGCCCAUCCCAGCCAAUCCCUCGAUGAUGGUGCCCCGGACCGCGCCGCUGCUGAGGGCCCUUGUGGUUGUGGUGGCCACGCUGGUCUCCUUCCUCCUGAUGCAGGGAGUGGCCGGUGUGUUCGAGCCCUGCUCCUGCUCCUGCUACAACGACUGCAAGCGCAACAACCCUAACCUCCGCAACGCCAAGGUGAAGUGCCACUGGUGGUGCUUCGAAGACAGCAGGUGCAGCUUCAGCUGCAAGAAUUAUCACCGCGGGCACUCCUCCAGCGAUGACGACGUGGGUGUAGCCAUCGCUUCCGGCGGAGGCCGCCUGGGGGGCAUGAUGAAUGGCACUGGAGCUGGAGGGACUGUCGCUGCCGGUGGUGGUAGUCUGGGCAUGGUGAAUGGCACUGGAGAGGGAGCCGCUCCUUGAGAGCUGGACGCCUGGACGGUGCUGCAUGCAUGGAGAAUGGAGGCUAGCUGCUGAGAUGGAAAGACGACAUAAUCUGGUGGCCGUAAAGGCUAGCUGAGAGUAUAUGGUACUAGCAGUAAGAAUAAAAGUGCAUGCUUGUGAAUUGUGUUGAGAUCUGUUCUCCAUUCUGGAAGGGUCGUGUUGGUUGUGGUUAUAUAUCUGGACUUGAUCACUGAGGACAACUCUCUG